AUGGAUACCUCUGUAGAAGACGCAAGAAAAAUAAGCACAAAAGAGCAGCCAUCUGGCACACCGCGGGAGUAUGUCAUAAAUCUGAUAGCACAUGUAAACCACGGAAAAACCACAGUCAUGGAUAACGUGCUUGAGUAUCUCGGAGUAAUAACGAAGAGCAUGGCUGGAGAGGCGCGAUUACUGGACUCGAGGAAAGACGAGCUAGAGCGCGGGAUGACAAUGAAGCUUUCGCCUGUGAGCAUGUUCGUGGGAGGAGCUAAAAUGACUUUUCUGGACACACCCGGGCACUUGGAGUUCAACUCUCUUACAGAGUCUACGUUCAUUCUAUCAGAUGUCUCGCUGGUCAUUGCAGAUGUAAUGAAAGGCGUAACGGAAAGGCUGCGACAGCUCGUAAAGAGUUCGGUGGAAAAUAAGUGCAAGCCCAUUUUGUUCAUAAACAAAAUUGAUAUUCUGUUCAAGAUGGAGAUAUCAAGUGACGAGAUAGAGUACAGAAUAGAAACAGCGCUGAGAGAGAUAAAUCAGGUGCUCAGCGAAGAGAUAAGCUGGGAGGCAGGAACAGUGAUAGUUGGCAGCGCAAAGGACAAUUGGGCGCUGUCAAAGUACUCUGAUCCAUCAAAGAUAAUGGGGAAAAAGAUAGACAAAUUCAGCUUGAAAAAAGCCGUUAGACUACUGCGAACAAUAUAUAUGCAGAAAGAGAAAGAGCUGCACGAGCUGUCUCUGCGAAUAAACAGAAAAACAAAGACGGGACUGAAGGACAAAAUACAAGCAAAAGAUAUUGUAUCGUAUGAGUUUGGGUUUUUCAGCACUCUUUACAUGUGUGUUAGACACGCAGAUGAGACCUCAUCGGGAAUAUACCGAGAUGGAAACAGCAGCUCACCAGACGAAGUGUGUGCUGUUGUGUGCGCAAACACAAUUGUGAACGGUGAAAUAACAGCAAUUGCCAGAACAUUGGCUAAAAAGCGCAUUUCAGUUGGACAAACAGUCACCGUAAUGGAGAAUUCAUCAGAGUCAGAGUGCACGGUAGCAGGCCUCGUAUACUUUACAGAGUCGCUGGAUGCAGUGAGCGCAGCCAUGGGCCUAGUGGGAAUUCAGGGCAUAGACUGCAAGAAACGAGGGAUUAUCUCGCUCUCAAAAACAGAAAAAGCAAAAGAGUUUCUACACUCACUAAGAUGGCCUCGUUUUACUCCUCUUUUUACAGACAUAAUCAUUCCAGCACCAGAGCACUACGAUGCCAUCAUUAAAAGACUGACUCGAUUGUCUAGGUGCGAGCCAGGGCUCUUUCUGAGCAUAAAGCAGGGGAGAGUGAUUGUAAAGAGUGAUGGAGUUCUCCAGAUAGAUAAAAUACGCACAGAUCUGGAAGGUCUUAGCUUCGAGACACAGGAGCAAUCUGAGGUGUAUCAGGAGACAGUUGAAGGGGGAAGCGGAGUGGUAAGUGUGCCACAGAUACAGCAAAAUUUUAAAAUCACUUUUAAACAGGUGAAUAGCAAUGACACAGAUGAAAGUGCUCUAAGCCAGUUCAAGAAAGUGUUCAACAGAGAAUGCUAUGUAAAAUUUUCAGAGGAGGUUCCGCCCGAGAUAAAAAUGAGCAUCUCAUCGCUGCUGCAGAAUGGCCCGUUUUUACUGGAGAAUUGCAACAUGCUGUCCGUUGAAGUUUCUCCAACUGAAGAGAGCGCAACAGGCACUGUGUCCCAGAUAUAUCUACAGUCUUCGCCAAGAAUACUUGUGAAUCACACGGUCCUGCACAUCUCGGUGCCCUCAACACACUCGAAAGUAACAAGCAACAUCCUUUCAAAAUCACCAGGGUACAUUCUAUCUACUGAAAUAGGAGAAAAUUUGAUAACUUUUGAUCUUAGAAUUCCUAUCUCUGAGAUAAAAGAUCUGACAAACACCCUCAGAACCCAGACCAGAGGAGAGGCAGACAUUCUUCCCACAAACACCAUCUACUACAUGGUGCCAGAUAAGAAAGAGUACGAAAACGCGCUCUCGGAGACAGUGAGAGAAAAAAAAGGCCUCAUACAAAAGGAGAAAAUAGAAUAA